GCACUGAACAUGUUUAAGCUUCAGAAAGAUUUUAUUUCAGGCACGAUGAGUGGUAAACACGUUUUGACGUUUAUCUUCCUGCUUGUCUUAUCCAUAGCUGGAGGGAAAGACACUCUUAGAGACCAGAAAAAUAUCACAGCUGAGUCUGGACAGGACGUCACUCUGACAUGUCGAGCUUCCAACAACAACAUCAUAGUUGUAAGAUGGAGCAGAGCUGACCUGGAGUCAGAAUAUGUCCUUUUGUAUCGAGAUGAGCAGUCUGUUCCAGACAACCAGCAUCCAUAUUUUAAGAACCGGGUGGAUCUGCAGGACAGACAGAUGAAGGAUGGAGACGUGUCUUUGAUUCUGAAGAAUGUGACAAUUACUGACACUGGAACAUACGAGUGUCGUGUUGUCCAAAGAGUCAGAGAACCUAUGAGGCUCAUCAAGACCAUCUUCCUGAGUGUUGUUGAUCCUCCAGGUUAUUUCAAUGAGUAG